UGGAAGUGAACCUUAGAAGGCUGCUGGAGGCGGCUCCUCGUCAGCAGAAUCCGGCUAAGCUUGUCCAUUAUGUUACCACAGCCAGGGAGCUAUUGGAGCAGCUAGGAGCAGAGACCACACCAGAAGGGAUAUCAAGUGUUUCUAAAGCUAAGCUUUCUGAAUAUUCAGAAAAGAUUGAAGCACUUGCUGCCAGGCUAGCAGCUUCAGUGCCUGAAAAUGAAAAGCCAGAUGUUGAAAGCAGAGAAGAAGAAAUCUCUGAGGAAAUAGCUAAGGCAGAAAGCCCAAUAUCUUUAUCAUCAGGAUUGCGAAGGAGAUCAGCAGCUCAUGUCGAGGUUCGUGCAAGCCAACAGGAGAGGAAAGGAGAUAUCGGUGCACCUAUCAAAUUGGAUGCAGAAGCUCAGGCUCACAUCGAGAAGCACAGGAAGCUGCAAGAAGAUUUAACUGAUGAAAUGGUCGAGUUAGCACGCCAGCUGAAGGAAAGUAGCCUUAUGAUGAACCAAUCUGUGCAAGAGACGGAGAAGAUCCUUGAUUCCACCGAGAGGGCCGUGGAGCAUAGCUUGGCGAGUACCGGCCGCGCAACCUCGCGAGCGGCGGAGGUCUACUCGCUGACUUCCAAGACGACGUGCUUCCAGUGGCUGCUCAUCCUUGUGAUGACCUGCGUGUUUGUAAUGGUGGUUCUGCUCAUACGGAUCACUUAGCUUGAAGGACGAGUGCGGCAGCAGCAGCGGGCACUCUCGUCUACUCGUCUUUGUUUCAUGGGUUCUAACAUGAUCAGAAAUCCCCAAUUCAGGAGUGUAGCCUCACAGCAAGACGGACGGUGUACCGUGGAUCAAUGUGCUCUUUCGUGUUGCUGGAUGAUAGCUGCGUGUAAUCUGUAUAAAACUGGAUGAUUGCUGCGUGUAAUCUGUAUAAAACCGGUGAUUGCUGUUUUCCUGUUUCGUAA